UGUUAGGUUAUCUAUGGUUGUUAGUUGUUUGGUUAGAAUAGUUACCGGCUAUUUACAAAUUAUUUAUGUAAUUAUUAUUAUGGAUAGAACAUUAAAUGCCUCUUUAUUAAGCACAAGGAGCCCCUUUUCUCCUAAAGGAAGGCCAAAUAUCAGUUUGAAAAAGUCCACACUUCAGUCAUCAUUCAAGAAGUCCUCUCGUCUUAGCGUAUCAGGUAAAUCAGUACAAUCAAUACAAAUUAUACUAAAAACACCUUAUAAUUCUCUGGAACGAUUUGGUCAACCAUUGCCUGUUCUUAUCACCGAAGCUCUAACUUUUGCCGACCGAAAUGCAACUGUUACUGCUCGUAUAUCCGAGUGUGGAUAUGCAUGGAUCGUAUGUGGACGAAGACUGUUGGUCUGGCAGUAUAAACAAAGCAAUAUACAGUAUGGAACUCCUCAGAAGAAAACACCCAGUAGCAACUGUUUUGAAUUGCAAUUACCUCAGAGUGAUUUGGCCCACAGGGCCGAAUUAGUAUCAGUUUAUCUACCAAGUGGUUUAGGUAUGCCAGCUUGUAUAGCAGUAUCACCUGGAGGAGUUGUGAGGUAUUGGCCAGCAAUUACCCAUGAAGGAGUGUCAGUGGAACAGAAUGUAGAUCUUCAAGGGCAGGAAUGUGACAGUCUUACAGUUAUUGGAAAUAUGGGGUGCAUUUUGGCCACAACUACUUGUACAGUUGUUCACGUACAACCUCAGAAAAUAGGAGGAAGACAUUCUUUACACUGUAAAAUGUUAAAAUCUCCUAGUGGAUGGUUUGAUGGUAUUAGCAGAAGAAUGACAUCAUUUAUUUUUGGAUCAAUGUCAAUGGAACAUUCAGCUGAAGCAAGAUUGGUCAGAGUAUUGACAGUACCAGAAUCAGAGGAAAUAUGGAAAGUUUAUGUCCUGGCAGGCCAUUCUUUGCAAAAAUGGGAACUUAUGUCCAAUGAACAAGAACAGUUAAUUUUUAUUAUCGAAUUAAAUCGUCUUAUUGCCGAUAAUUUUCAUAAUUCCAUCUGGGAAAAUUGCGGGGGUGAUCAGAGUGAGACAGAUACCUGGCUUUUGGACAUACAACCUGACAAAGACGGUAUUAUUAUUCUUGCUGCGGCAGUAAAUAUGCAUAUUUCACCCCAAGUGCAUUAUGCUUUGGUUUCAUUGGAAACUAAUGGUCCUGAGGCCCCCAAUCAUGUUCGAGACUUUUAUAUUUUGAAAAUGAAAGGACUCUACAGAGAAGAUAAUCCUCAGGAUUCCUUGUCCUACCGAUUUUUAAAGUGUAGUUCUUGCGCAUACAUUUACAACCAAAGGUGCAUUACUGUUAUAAAACCCCAAGAGGAACCUGAUACCUUAGAAUUUAAUGGACAGGACUUUUUAUUAGGAGGAUCUGUUUGUAUUAACACUCCUGUCUUUUUCUCACGAAAUCAUGGUCUGAUAGCCAUAACCAGUAAUGAGAUUAACUUAGAUAUGAGCAGUGGUAACAUAUUCCAAUCGAAUACUUUUUUGGAUACAUCACUAAAUGAAACUUUAGUAGGCAAUUUGACUCUUUACAGUUUUGAUCCUGAAGAAAUGUACAAUUCCUAUAAAGACAUUGUAUGCCAACUUAAAGCAGCUUUUAUUUUUCACGUAAAAAAUCAGCAUAUGGCUUGUCAAGAUAUUCUUCAAAAACUUUUCUUUUCUGAAGGAACUUCUAUUCCAGGAGUGGAUUCGACUUUAGAUAACUGUGUUAUAACAGUUUGUGAAGACCUUUUGGACGAUAUUCCCGCAGGGGAUCCCCGCUGGAGUGGAGAGAAUCAGGCAGGUCUUGGCAGCUCCUACUCUAUGCAAAUUCUUAAUCAACUGGAAGAUAAACAGAAAGCUUACGGGUUAUUUAUUAAAUUUCUCAGGGAAACUAAUCUUUGGAAUAAAUUGGCAGCUGUUAAAAAAAGAGAUACAAUUAUGGCCACCACUCAUGUUCUUGGAGAAUUGGCUGAAAAAUUAACUGUUGCAAUAGCGUUGAAGAGUUCUGAAGCAGGUCCUAUAUUGGAUUAUGCCAUCGAAAAAGCUGUGGGAGGACCAAAUGUGGAACACUUGGACGGACUUACCAAUCAAGACGUUUUCUACAGGGAAGUUAAUAAGAUACACAGAGGUUUGCAAGAGUUGGUGAAUCGCUGCGAAGAUGCUGCACAUUCUGAUCUUGAUCCUGGAGAAGUUGCUGUACUAAUCUGCGAAACUAACGAUUUGUUGUUGAAUGUUCUUCGUGAGCUUUUAGAAAAUCGAAGGCAAAAUAUAAAUAAUUUUCUUCCAUCGUUCGACACUCGCUCCCUGGGUUGCGAAUAUCUUCCUUGGUUAGCUGCUCCUGGGCGUAAUGGCCUCUACGACAGCUUAAUGCUGCAGCAACUAUUAACACUAAAUUAUGGAGCAAAAGCCUCGUCAGACAUCAAUUUGAAGAACAUUCUCUAUGAUCAAUUUGUAGAGUUAGUUGAUGUGAUCUUGGACGGCCAAAAAGCGUACAUAGAGAGUAUUAACGACGAGGAGGCAGAUUCAGCAGUAAAACAAUAUCACAGUGACCGACAUAAACUUAUAAAGCCGCUAGUUGAGGACAAACAGUGGGAAAGGGCACUUCUUCUGGCUGAAAAAUAUUCCGAUUUCGAGACUUUAGUCGAGGUAUGUGAAGCUACUGAUAAUCAGCAACGUCUGGACGAAUAUAUGGAGAGAUUUGGAGCUGAAAAGUUCCCAGAAUAUCUUUAUAAUUGGUACUUACAACAAAAUAAACAGGGCAAGUUGAUCAAUCGGUGCAAAACGUUGUCGAAAACAAAAGUUUCUCAACAGUUAACUAGUUUGUUAUGUGAACAUCCUUCACUCUCUUGGUUGCAGCAUAUUUUUGAUCAAAAAUUUACACGAGCCUCUGAAGCACUAAAAAAUUUAGCCGUUCAAGAAACCGAAUCCAUAAUGCGUCAAAAGACUAUGCUAAGUUUGGGAAAACUAUCUCGAUUGGCGGCCCCCGAAAACUCAGGAACAACAGCUUAUCUCGAAGAAGUAAAUACUCGAUUGGAAUUGGUAGCUUUCCAAGAAGAAAUUCCCGAUUAUGUGCUCCAACAGUUCGGUUAUGACACCUUAAAGCCACGUGUAAUACCUCCCAAGGACCUAGUGUACCUCUUCACUUGUUCAGAGUAUAAAGAAGCCUCAGAGGUAGAGUUUAAGAAAGCCUUGGAUAUCUUAGUAUAUAUCUUGGAUGAUGAUGAAAGGAAUGAGUUGUGGCUAAUGGUAUGGAGGAGGGUUGUACUCAGAGAUACAUGGUUCGAUGGGUCUCUAGAAUCUCCUAUGGAGUUUCUAAGAAACACUUUGUUCUACAGAUUGGCAGAAUUAGCAAUAGUUCUUGGCGAAGACCCUCAAAACCUAUUACCUCCUUUAGACACUUUGAUGGACUGCGAAGAAAUGGAACAGAUGCAAGAUAAUAAAAAUUUCCAGUUUCUAAUAAAACUUGGUUAUGAACGUAUACAAAAACUUCAAGCAGAAGAUUAAGAAGAAUAGCUUUUUUAAUAUUUUUGUAUAUUUGAUAACUAGCGUAAGAUUAAUACAAUAAAUUGCUCAUUUUGUAUUGUUUUA